GUCGUUCUUACGAUUCAGUAACCAAAAAAAUCCCCAAAUUCCCACAAAAGCUUCAAAAUUUAGCUAAAAAAAUCAUCAAUCUCCAACAAAAAACACCAUGGCAGCUUCACUACUGUCUCAGCUCUCAGCUCCACCAUCAGAAUUACCAAAUCACUCAACUGGGUUACUUCCAAAAUCGUCAUUUUUUGCACCAAACACUAAACUUUUCUUCACACCCAGUUCAAGAAAACAAAGAAUAGUUCAUCAAAAAUGUUACAGUCCCCCUUCUGCAUCUGGCAAAUCUAUUGACCAUAUUCCCCAACAGUUUAGACAAGAGAAUCUCAAGGAUGGCUUGAUGGAAAAUUACAAAAAUGUACCACGGCAUCUAUAUGGUCUUUCUCCUUCACAGUUGGACAUGUUCAUGACUGAAGAUAAUCCAGUCCGUAGACAGGCAGAAAGUGUUACGGAGGAAAGUAUAUCUUCUAGGAGUAACUAUUUGGAUCAUGGGGGAAUGUACAACGUAUCUGGCAUGGCGGAUAGGGGCCCUUCAAAAUACAGUAUGAGUGUUAGCAUGUACCGCGGAGGAGGAGGCGGGAGAGGAUUCGGGAGACCUAGAAGUGCCCCUCCUGAUUUGCCUUCUUUGCUCUUAGAUGCUCGGAUUUGUUAUCUAGGAAUGCCGAUUGUGCCGGCGGUCACUGAGCUUCUUGUCGCUCAGUUUAUGUAUUUGGAUUAUGACGACUCUACAAAGCCUAUAUAUUUGUACAUAAACUCAUCAGGGACACAGAACGAGAAGAUGGAGACUGUUGGUUCUGAAACAGAGGCAUAUGCUAUUGCUGAUGCGAUGUCUUACUGCAAAUCAGUUGUCUACACUGUAAAUUGUGGUAUGGCAUAUGGUCAAGCUGCAAUGCUUCUAUCUUUAGGAGCCAAAGGUUUUCGGGCUUUGCAGCCAAACGCAUCAACAAAGUUGUAUCUGCCUAAAGUCAAUAGAUCAAGUGGGGCUGCAAUUGAUAUGUGGAUUAAGGCCAAGGAACUCGAUGCAAAUACCGACUAUUACCUCGAUCUAUUAUCUAAAGGAACCGGCAAAACCAAGGAAGAAAUUAAUAAAGAUAUCCAACGACCUAAAUACUUCAACUCGGCAGAAGCUAUUGAAUAUGGCCUUGCAGAUAAGACCGUUGAUUCAAGCGACGACGCAUUUCAGAAACGGGAUUACGAUGCAUUGCUUGCUCAAUCAAAAGCCAUGAGGGCAGCAGCUGGAGGUCCAAGAGCAGCUCCUUCAGGAUUUAGGUAAUUACAUAGUAAAAGCCAUGUAAAUCUACAUGUGUAACAAAAGUUCAAUCUUUCAUAAUAGAUACUGUAAUCUUAAUUUUUGUUUCAAGUUCAGAUUUAUAUCUCAAACUUGGUUUGUAAUGUGUUUGUCA